GCACUAAUUCAGCGGUGCAGCGAAAAUGAACAGACCUAUAAUAAGGGCUUACAUAAUGUUGGGAAUAAACCUUUAGAUCAGACUUCUGGAGGUAUUUAUCGAAGGAAGGUAGUGUUCUGUGCUUAGGUUGUGGUUUGUAUCAUCGUGAUAACUACUUCUUUGUUGAUUUUUUUAAUCUUCGUCUGAGCAACAUGAGCGAUGACGAUCGCGAUAUCGACAUAGAAAGUGAUGAUGGUGACGACUCAGAUACCAGACUUAGGCACUCCAACAACACGCAAUAUUGUUCUCAGGCAGAAAAAAGAGCACAUCAUAAUGCUUUGGAAAGAAAACGACGGGACCAUAUUAAAGACAGUUUCUCCAGUUUAAAAAAUGCUGUACCGACGUUGCAAGCAGAAAAGGCUGCGAGUAGAGCACAAAUUCUAAAAAAGGCAGCAGAGUACAUCCAAACUAUGAGGAAAAAAAAUAUUCAUACACAGCAAAGUAUUGAAGAUCUCAGAAAGCAGAACGGCCAAUUAGAUGCUAAAAUUCGUUUUUUAGAGAAGGCCACAACCAGCGGCAACUUCCCCAUAGAGCCGUGCGAAGUGACCAGAUCUGAAUCAAUGGCCAUGGGUAAUUACAACGAUACAGAAUCGGAGUCGUCAGACAGUGAAACUGAAAAUUCAGUACGGCAGCCGAAGAAAUUGAAGGUCGCCGGACUUCAUUGACGUGAAUGCAUUUGUAUGUUUUCUCUAUAUCUUUGUCUCUUCUCAAUACUUUAUUUUCAUACGACGAUUCUGUCCUUUUAUUAUAAGUAAUGUAAGUUAAAUAUAUGUACUGUGCGCGAACGUGCGUAAAAUAUCUCAAUAAGUGUUUAUUAUAUAUAGUAUACAUGUAAUAUAGCGUAUAUCAAUGCUCGGAAUUAUUUGUAUAAACGGGGGCAAUUCUCGAGGGCUACGUUUCCCAACGACCCCUUGCCGCACCAGCUCGCUCGGUAGACUACGCAACUGACAAUCGCGACGUCCAGCCUCGGGAUCACUGACAUUAUGUGAUAUCGUUAAAAAAAAAAAUGCAUCGGCAAUAGUAUUCCAUGGGUGAUGUGGAAAUCUAUUGUCACUUUGUAAUUUUAAUAAUAUGUAAGUGUAUAUUGUUAGUACAUACAAAUAUUAUAUAUAAAAGAGUUGUUUCAAUAAGAAAUUUGCAGAUAUUAGGAAACCUCCCUCACAGAUUUCAUAAUAUUAACGGGUCUUGAGGCUGAGCGCCGCAACUAUAGACUUAGUUGCCCAUAUUCUGAAUAUAUUUACAAACGUGUUAGCGCGCUAACAAGACAAGAAAUGUGAGCAUUUUCAGUAUUGGUUAUAUCCUUGACACGGUGAUAACAGUGGCUGUUAGGAAAAGUCGAUAAUCAUGCUGUUUAUAGCAAUUUGUAUUCAGAAAUUCCUAUUCAGAAUUACUAAUAAGUUGACUUGUUAACGCGCUAACAUCGUUGUAAGCAUAUUCAGAAUACAAAUCGGUAUAUCCUGACUGAGCGUUUGCUUUUAUUUGAGCAUAGAGAGUCACGCGAACGAGAGAAAACGUAAAAGGCACAAAUUAGAGUGCAUCCUUUUCUACGUGCACCUCGACCCCUAUUUCUUAACACACGGGUUACGUUCUAAUAUUCACUGCCAGUACUGAAAAUCUGUAAUAAAUGUAAUAAAUAUGAAUUAUAGAUUUUCAGUACUGGCAGUGAAUGUCGGAACACAGCUUCGGUCUAGAUAUACAAUAUGGUUACGUUUCGAAAUAUCAGUACUGUAAGUGUGACGUCAGCACAGUCCGCUGAUACAAACGUCCCAUUUUCACAAAUGUAUAGUCGAUUUACCGAAAAUAGUAAUAACAGAAUGAUAUCCGCAAUAAUGAAGUUUGAAAAUAACUUUUAAAACUUAAAAAAAACGGUUAUUUUGCUCAAAAUAAUAUAGGUAGUUAUGUGUAUAUGAAAAUGUCGAAAUUUGAGCCAAAUAAGCGUCAUUUGCGCGAAGUGUUAAUCUUUCGCUAUAAAUGGGAGAAAAUUGCAGCUGAAACUCGUCGAAUGUUUGUAGAAGUUUAUGGUGAUAGUGCUCCUUCCGAUAAAACAACAUACAGAGAAUGGUUUCGACACUUUAAAAGUGGUGAUUUUGAUGUGGAGGACAAAGAGCGUUCUGGAUGGCCAAGAGCAUUCGAAGACGAAGAAUUGCAAGCAUUGGUGGAUGAAGACCUAUCUCAAACGCAAAAACAACUUGUAGAAGCAUUAAAUUGUGAUCAAUCAAUUAAAUGCUCAAUCUGUCAUUUCCAACCGUUUGAAAGCCUUGGGCAAGGUCUGCAAGGAAGGAAAAUGGAUCCCAUAUGAACUGAAGCUAAGAGACAUUGAAAGGCGAGAAACCAUGUGCGAAAUUCUGCUUGCUAGACAACGAAGAAAAGGGUUUUUGCAUCGUAUCAUCACUGGAGAUGAAAAAUGGGUACAUUUUAAUUUCGAUCCCAAACGUCGAAAAACAAUUUGCGACCCCGGCCAAUCCUCAACAUCGUCGCCAAAGCGGAAUAUCCAUGGAAAGAAGGUUAGAAUGGGCUAGAAAGGCUAAAAAGGCUGAAAAGAAGAAUAAUCUGUAUUCGGUGGGAUCAGAAAGAUGUAGUGGUGUACUAUGAGCUGUUGAAAUCUGGUCAAUCACAGGGCAUCUCUACCGAGAAGAAAUUAUCCGUUUGAGCCGAGCAUUGGACGAAAAACGACCAGAAUAUGAAACGAGACAACAUAAAGUGAUUUUACUUCAUGACAACGCUCGGCCUCACGCCACAAAACUUGUCAAGAAAACGUUAGAAGCACUUCGCUGGGAAGUGCUACCCCAUACAUCUUAUUCACCAGACUGUGCCCCUUCCGACUACCACUUGUUUCGGUCGAUGGCACACGCACUUGCUGAGGAACGCUUCAAUUCUUAUGAAGACGUCGAAAAAUGGAUCUCUGAUUGGAUAGCCUCCAAAAAUGAGAUUCUUUCGUCGCGGAAUUCGCUUGCUGCCCGAAAGAUGGGAAAAAAUCAUCACUAACGAUGAACAAUAUUUUGAUUUAUGUAUUUUUUACAAAAAAACGGAUGGAACUUUCCGAUUUAGCUAAUAUAAUCUAUCUUAUUCCUUAGAGUGGCUGGAAAGCUAAAUUCCAAACCUGUAAUACUGAAAUGGAUCAGAAAAUCAUGAUGGUAUCAAAGUUCGCGAGGUGUUUAGUCCCCAGAUAGUGACUCAUCAGUAGUGUUUUUACAUUUAUAAAAAUAUUGAAAUUCAUUAUUACAUUAAUGGCAUUGGUACCUCGUCGUGCUUUUUCUGCAUCUUUACGACUUACAACAACUUUAUAUUCCCUGUUGUCUGUGGUUGCGUAUCUAUAGUCGGUAUUCAUAGUCGGAUCUUAUAUUUAAGACCGUCUCAAAGUUAUCUUCAAACACUUCGUAGUUAAUGAAAUGAGCCCUACAACAUCUGAAGAUGAACAUAAGACGAUCUUAUAUAUAAGAUCUGAAAUAAAUACCGGCCUAUGAGCGACAACUAUUCCAUAGACGCCGUCAUUAGUCUUUUAACUGCACUGUUGAAUUUGUGCAAUAAAUUAUGUUUUCAAUUUGCUGACUCGACUCAACUCGGACAGCGUCUUGCUAUUACUACAGUAUUGAAAACUGUAGUAUACAUACUAUAAAUUGAACUAUAAAUUGUAAUACUGCAAAGAUUACUGAAACGCGACCCGAAUCGGGUCGAGUCAGCAAAUCGAAAACGCCAAUAGAUUACAGUACUGUAAAGAUUAUUGGAACGCUAUCCGAGUCGGAUCGAAUCAGAAAAUCGAAGACACUAUUAGGUGUACAAAUAAAUUCGGUGCUUUUA